GUUGUAGCAGUUAAAACACUAACUUGACACGAAAUACAAUAAAUUGGUACGGCUCAACUAAUCUGAAUUUACCCUGGAAACAAGGUAACCUACCUCCUUAACAUAAAGGCUCGUUUCUGCUGGUAUUGUUAAAUGUUUUCUUGGAUUCUGCAAAUACUGAUUAUGUCGGACAUCCGGUCGCCCAUCCCUGUCGUUGACGUAGAUAAAAUUGGUAUGCACAGAAAAUCGGAUGAAAUUGAUAAGGCGUCACUGGAAGCUGUUGCUUUGUCACUGAAAAAUUCAUUUUGUAAAUAUGGCGUCUGUUACUUCAAAAACCACGGAAUUGAGUACGAAGACAAAUUCAUACACAUUUCAGAAGCUUUCUUCAAACAGCCUUUAGACGUGAAAACACAACACCUUCGUGGAACGAGACGAGAUUUCGGAUAUUCACCAGUGGGACAGGAAAAGGCUAACCUUGAAAAUCCAGUAGAUUUGAAAGAGUCUUUUAAUUACCAGCCAGGAGACGACCAAGAUGACUGGAUGGAUAAUGCGUUUCCAGAUGCUUGUAAAGAAAUGUUUGGUCAAUGUUCAGUUUUUGGGUACCGUGUACUUGACGCACUUUCCCUGGCGCUUGGUCAACGACAAACAUUUCUAAGAGAUUCCAGCGCACGUAUCGGAACACAGGACAACCCAACAACUUUAAGAUCGUUAUAUUAUCCUCCCAUCCCGUUAGAUAUGACAACAAAGCCGGGCGAAAUUCGUUUUCCCGAGCACUCGGAUUAUGGAACAAUAUCAUUCCUGUUUCAAGAUGAAGUUGGAGGUCUAGAGGUGGACUUUCCUGGCAAAGGAUUCGUGGAGGUAAUUCCUAUACCUGGGACUAUCCUCGUAAUUGCUGCUGAUUUACUGCAGCGCUGGACUGCCGACGCAGUGGUUUCCACUCCGCAUAGGGUGCUCAUACCAGCAGAAGAAUCUAAGAAAAGAAAACCUCGACAGUCAGCUGUUUUCUUUAUUCUGCCUGAUAAUGACUAUGUGGUGAAGCCUUUAGACGGAUCGACGAAAUAUAAACCAAUUACUUGCAUGGAAUACCUACGACCCAAAAUGACGCAACUCGUUGGCGUUACAUAUUAGAGUGUCAUCCAAGUCCAAAAACAUUGAAAGUCGUAACCCAGAAAUUAGACAAAGGCUGAAAUAUAUUAUGAUUGUAUACUGUCCUUCCGGAAACUUUUAAAGGUGGAUAUCGUCUGACCAAUUUGUCAGUAAAAUUAAAUGACGAUUUAUUUUCAAAACGUUAGUGCCUAUUGAGUUUGAGUUUCAGUUCCGGGCGAUUUGCAUACUGAAAGACCUUUUCUUUGCUAAUAAGGUAUAAAUGAUGAAAGUUUAGCAAAAGCUGACACAAGCGCAAAGGUUUCAAGAAAAGACCCUAUGAGGAACAUCAAAAGGGAAACAACAGUUUAAGUCUUUAUUCAAGAUAACAGCCUUUUGAAAUAUGCAAACUGUAUUAACUCCUAAAUUACAAUUUGAGUUUAAAGCCACCAUUUUUUAAAAUGUUUUGAUGGCUUUAUUUCAGUUCAAUGCUAGUUUUGGUCUAAUUUCAGGUAAUCAUUUUUGUACGCAGUAAAUCACACAAAUUUAAAUUAGUAAACCUGUACAAAAUAUAUUAUUUGGUAACACAGACCAUUCGCCAUUUUGCAAAUAACAGCCUUAUAGUCGAUCAAACAUGUAAAUCAAAAUGUUAAUUGGGAUUCCACAUAGCCAUAGCUGUAACAGAAAUAAUCUGAAAUUAAUUUGAAUGUUACAGUGGAUUUUACCGAUCACAAAAUGACUUUCUGAAUAUGUACAAAUGUUGACCUGCUAUUGUUUUGUUUAAAGAUUCAUUACUAUAAAACAAAUCAAAACUAAUUUUGAUUAUUCAGAUAAAUCUAAUAAAGACACUGUCAUUUUCA